GCCGCCUUUUUGCUUUCACUUUCACCUCAGUUCUAUUAAUCUGUUGUACAGUUUUAUGAAGAAUUAGUAUAAGUAUUUUUACACUCUUUUCGCGUGAUUAAUAGUGCAGAGCAGUGGAUUUUUUUUAUUAAUAGCACCUCGGGCGUUCACGAUUCAAAGAACUUCUUCAUUUUACGUACAGACUACAAGUACUUUCCCAGAAGCGAUACUUCAGUAGUGCGUCAUCAUUACUUUGUGCUGUAGAGUCCCAUGCUUCUAGCCUUCUUUCUAGUUUAGUUUAUCGUUACCACUCACGCUGUAAGUUCAUGGCUCUCUCGGACCAAAUUCAGCUUCAGGUUAUCAACCAAACAGCGGAGGCGCUUAGCAGCUGUGAGCGCAGGAGGCUGUUUUACCUGUGUGAGAACUUGGACACUGACAACAGCGUGGCUUGUAUGAAGGAGAUGCUGAAAUCUAAAUUGAUCAGCCAUGAGAGGGGUUUCCUUUUUCUUGAAACUCUGAUGUUGCAAUUAAGACGUUUUGAUAUCCUAAGGAAGGUGUUUAAAACCAGCAAGGAGGAGGUGGAGAUGUCUUUAACACAUGUGCAGGUCCUGCCAAAAUUCAGAGUAUUGAUGGCUAAUAUUAAUGAGGAUAUGACUGAUGAAGAUCUGUCCAGUGUGAAAUUCUUGUUAAGCAGCACCAUACCCCCUGAAAACAUGGAAAAGGCAAAGAGUUUCCUGGACGUGAUCAUUGAACUUGAGAAGCUUGAUAUAGUUUCACCCGAAAGAGUCGACUCUGUAGAGGGGUGUUUAAGAGACAUUGGCAGGGUCGACCUUGCCAAAAAGGUGUCUGCAUACAAGAUGUCAGCUAUAACUACUGAAGGAAACACCUAUCAGCAGCAACAGCAAAGGCUCAGAGCACCUUAUCCAUUUUCUGCUCCAAUGAUUUCUCUGCAUCCAGCAAGACCAGCAGAGUCUCUCCUCGUUGCCUCAGGAUGCAUACCAGUGCCCCUAAACCGAGAGCAGAACAGCCAGAGUCAUCUAGAUCGGUACAAAUUCAACACAAAUCCCAGAGGACUUUGUGUUAUCAUAGACUGCGUGGGUAGUGAUGGAGAAAUGUUGGAACAGACAUUUAGGGCUCUUCACUUCAAUGUGGCCCUCUACAAAUGGCUGAGUGUGGCUGAAACGCUUACUGCGCUCAGAGGGAUAUUAAGACAGCGAGAGAACUUCGAAGGCGAUGGCUUUGUGUGUUGUAUCAUCAGCCGUGGUUGUUUGACCAAUCUCAUGGGUACAGACACAUGCGGCACAGGUCUACUUCUGGACAAUGUCAGACGUCUUUUCACUGCUGAUUCAUGCCCCAUGCUGGCUGGCAAGCCCAAACUCUUCUUCAUCCAGAGGUACAGUGCCCCAGAGUUUGUGCCCGUUGCCAGGAUACAGCACAGAGAUGAGGAUCUGGAGACGGAUGGGUAUGAUUGGCUGCCCAGAUUUGAUAUCAUCCCUACAGAUGCAGAUGUGUUCUGGAGUCACUGCUGGACGAACGGGUCUCAACUGGAGCAAGGACAACAUCGCUCCAUUUACCUAAAGGCUCUGACAGACGCCUUACACAAAGCUCAAAGAAGGAAAACAAAUCUGGUUGAUGUUCAUACCGAGGUGAAUGCGGUCAUCUUUGAACAUAACUCAAGGAAUUCUGGAGCAAACUACCGCAUCGAUCUAAAACAUACUCUAAGGAAAGAUCUCUACUUACAAUAGAGGAUGCAUCACUUUCACUUAACACUAAAUAAUGUCUGCCAUAAAACCGUAUGGCAUAUUCCUUUCCAGGGAAGAACCUUAUUUGUAUUACUUUUUACUGUGUAUUCAGUGACACCUACUGGUUGUAAGUAGUAGUUUGUUUUCUUUUAUUUUAAAAUUAGUUUUAGAUUAAUAUAUUUUAUAGUUUCAUAACAGACAUACUUAUCUACUCACAAGACAUAAUAUAUCUUUUAUUUAUGUAUAUGUUAUCUUAUUUAACUUAUUUUGUUGUCCUGAAGCAGCUAAAACCAAUUGUUUCACAUUUGUAUUUUCUUAUCAUAUUAUAUGAUUGUUACUUUUUUUUACACCUCUGUAGUAAUGCAUAUUUAUAGUUAAAUGAAGUAAAUGUUAUCUAUCUAUCUAUCUAACCAUCUAUCUAUCUAUCUAUCUAUCUAUCUAUCUAUCUAUCCAUCUAUCCAUCCAUCCAUCCAUCCAUCCAUCCAUCCAUCUAUCUAUCUAUCUAUCUAUCUAUCUAUCUAUCUAUCUAUCUAUCUAUCUAUCUAUCUAUCUAUCUAUCUAUCUAUCUAUCUAUCUAUCUAUCUAUCUAUCUAUCUAUCUAUCUAUCUAUCUAUCUAUCCAUCCACAUCAUUUCUUAUUUUAGUGUAUUUUUAAUGAAGAGAGUACAUACACUCAAAAAUAUAGAUUGAAACAAUGUGUACCUCAAAUAGUUUGAAAGUAAUUAAAUGCAUUGCCUUCAUUUUUUAAAUAUUGCUUACUUGUCACCAAAAGAUCAUAAUUUACUGUUCAGAAAAGUUUGACAAUUUAUAUUUGUAAAUACAUAAUCUAUAGGGAUAGAAAGAAGGACUUUUGUAUACUAUGUUGUGUACCAUGUGAGACUGAGGUUAGUUGUAUCAAAACUAAAUCUAUUGUGUAUGUGACGUAAGUGAAGUGCUUAACAAUGAUAUGAUGAAGUAAUUGUAUUUAUUGUUUUUUCUGCUUUAAUAUAGAAAUAUAGUAUAUCAUGGCAUAAAACAAUAUAAUGUAUUCAACCUUAA